UAAUAGUACAACCUCACAGGCCUUCAUGUUUUCUGUCCUGAAACUCUGCAGAGAAGCUGAGAGGAGGACGUGUGCUCGGCCCGAGUGUUUGUAGACCUCCAGUUUAUGGUUCCCAGUUUGUUUACUGUAUCAAGAAAAGAGAAACUUGAAGAAAGCCUUCUUCAGAUCAAAAUGGGUGACUUCCAGCAGUUUGAGCAGGACUUCUACCAAACAGGAUAUUACAUAGAUGACCAGGGGCGUGCUCUGGCUUAUUUUGACACUGAUGGAGAACAAGAUGCCAUGCCAAAUAUCCUCGAUCCCUUCAUGGAGCAGCGGUACUCUGGAGAAAUCUACCAGCCAACCAUGCGUUCAACGGCUUUUAGCAGCACUGGAUCUGAGUCCCCAGAAGAGGAACCUCCACUACUUGUUGAACUUGGAAUCGAUUUUGAUCACAUGUGGCAGAAGACACUCACAGUUCUGAACCCUUUGAAGCCAGCAGAUGGCAGCAUUAUGAACGAGACAGAUUUGACAGGUCCCAUCCUUUUCUGCGUUGCUCUGGGCGUCACUUUAAUGAUGGCAGGUAAAGUUCACUUUGAUUACGUCUACGGGAUCAGUGCCAUCGCCUGCAUUGGGAUGUACUUCCUGCUCAGUCUGAUGAGCUCGCUGGCAGUUUCCUACGGCUGUGUGGCAAGUGUCCUGGGGUACUGCCUCCUACCCAUCGUGGCCCUCUCUGCGUUUGCUGUCUUCUACUCCUUGCAAGGCGUCCUGGGAACAGUCCUGGCUCUGCUGGCCAUUUGUUGGUGCAGCUUUUCAGCCUCUAAGAUCUUCAUCUCCACCCUGGCGAUGCAGGAGCAGCAGCUGUUGGUGUUUUACCCAUGUGCCCUGCUGUAUGGACUCUUCACGCUGCUCACUGUCUUUUAACUUCCAGCUGAUCAAACCCAACUCCUACAUGUAAUGAAAUUCUUUUUUUGGGUUAAAAGAAAU